AUGGGCUUUCUGAAUAAACUGGCAUGGGGUACAUUUAGCCAAUCCAGCCUCCGGAUCAGCGAGGCCGAGCCCAGGCCCAGCCCAAGAGUCAAACUAAUCAAAUUCUCCCCAUGCAGGCCCAUCUCCCUGAUGCAAAGGGAAAAUAUCCAAAGCCCAAUUCCUUCUCCUGGUGAACGGGUUAACUCCGGGUAUCAAACCGGCCGGAUCGUAAUUGCACACCACGUAAACCCCCUUUUGGUGGUUGCAGUAAACCGCCCCGCUGCACCCGACCCGCUGGGUUGUGCUCCAGAUCACGCUCAGGUAGUGCCCGCACUCGCACCCGGCCCGCUCAGGCUGGCACCGGCAAGCGUUCCGCGCGUGGUCGUACAGCUUCGACUCGGCGAACCAGUAGCCGACGGCGUCCGCCGGGCUGAACUCGUGGUAGCUCAUCCAGUAUAUGUUCUCGCCGUAGCCGUUGGUGGAGUGCCGGCGGUAGUCGCAGUCGCCGCGGCGCUGCUCCGCCCAGCCCCGCGCCGCCGCGGAGAGGACCGGGUCCCAAGAGAGCGGAGGCACGCCGGCGCGGAGGCGGAGGUCGUUGUGCGCUGUGAGAUACUCCUGCUGCUCGAGGUUGUACGACGGGACGAACGAUGCGGGCGGGUGGGCGGCGGCGGAGGCGCCGCGGCGCUUGAGCUUGUCCCUCGGGGUGUCGUGGUGGACCGUGGCGGAGGCGGCGGAGGCAAGGGCGGAGGCGAGGAGGAGGAAGCCCCAAAUUCUAGGGCUAGGCAUUUUUUUAUGGAAGCGAAGAAAGAGUAA